CCUGAAUGGUAAGGUGGUCUGUAUCCUGUAUGCCAUGGUGGGUAUCCCCCUCAUGCUCCUGGUCAUCACAGAUGUGGGAGACCUCAUGGCCGUGCUCCUGUCCAGGGCCUACAUCCACCUGCACACUCUUUUCUGCAGGUUGCGUCAAUAUGGCCGCUGGUUCCCCUCCCAUCACACAGAGAAGUCAGGGGACGGGGGCCAGGGGGACUGCCAGGACGGAACCUACACAUUCAGCCACAAGGUGGUGGUCCGGGAGCCCAUCGACAUCCGACAGGUCCUUCACAGCCAGCAGUCUGUGAAGUGCAAGUCCAACCAGUUGCUGAACAACACAAAGAUCUUUGACUGCAUCAUUGCACAGGAGAACUUCAACAGGCAGGGCCCACUGGUGCGGAGCCUUUCUUGCCAUGAGCUUGACAGCAUGCCUCCCUUGCCCAAGGACUUUGCCAUCUGGGACUUCACAGGCAUCGGGGAGAGUAUGGACAAGCUAAACGUCCCGCUGCUCCUCAUCCUGGUGGUGGUGUUUGCCUACAUCCUGUUUGGAGGCCUCAUCCUGCCCCUGUGGGAGACAGAGUUCAACACCUUUGACGCCUACUACUUUUGCUUCAUCACCCUCACCACCAUUGGCUUCGGUGACAUCGUGCCCAACCACCCCAAGUUCUUCAUGCUCACCUUCGUCUUCAUCAUCACGGGCAUGGCCAUCAUGUCCAUGGCCUUCAAGCUGGGCCAGUCACGCAUCGUCAGCUGUUACCGCCAGUGCAUGCGCUGUAUCAGCGGGGGGAAGGUGAAGAGGUAUGACGAGUUGGAGAGCGACUGAAUCAAAGAGUUUUGGCCCCCAUCGGGCAGCUCAAGGGUUCUAGGGUUAUAAGGCCCUGCACUGUGGGUCAAAAAAUCAAAUCAAAUCAAAUCAAAUUUUAUUUGUCACAUACAC